CUGAAUCGUCUCUUAAAGCUCUUCAUCCACCAUCUGCUGACCAAGGUGUCCGGCGACGCCAUCGCGGAGUACCUGAAAGUGUUCAAGUCCAUCGUGAAGUUCUACGGCAAGUGUCUGCUCAUUCCAGAAGGCAAAGAAGUCCCCAGCGCCACGCUGGGACUCUUCCAGGAGAUGUACGACUGGAUCCAGCCCGCUUUGAACGACGUGGACACCGUGGAAACGGGGUAACCGGUAGAACAGCAAGGCCAAAUCGGUGUUCUCCGUGCUGACUGCGCGGCUGUUGGACCAGGCCGGCAAUACCGAAAUCGGCAAGAACUCGGAAGCGGACGACGUGCUGAUGUCUCUCUGCAUGCUCCUCCUCUCCCUCUUCCGCAGCUUUCAAUCCCUCUUCCUGGACCCGAACGAGUCGUACUUCGCGCCGCUGCUCAACACGCUGGUCGCGCUGGUCACCACCGACAGCAUCGCGCUGGAGACCGGCGCAGGCAACAAGUACAACACCAACCGGCCCAAAGGCAAGCUCAACAGCAUGCAGGUCGCUCCUUCUCCCUUCUCUUUCUCUCUAGAAACUCCAGAUCCAGCUGCUGCAAGCGAUGUACGACGCGAUGAAGGCGGAGCCGCGCUAUCUGGUCGACUACAAGACCUUCACGAGCUCCGUCGACUCCAUCUAUUCCACCGCCGAGUCCCUCAACGCCAGCCACGCCAACGACGUUUUCCUCGCCUCGCUCGACGAGUUCCGGAACGGUCUCAUGAAGCGAAAGGAGGCUCGCGCGCUCGUGAAGCAGUACCAGGCCGACUGCGCGGCGCAGCAAGCCGCAGCGCUCGGCGGCGCCGCUUUGGAGCCGUUUUCGCUCUUCGAAGGACUGUCCGAAGCCACCAAAACGUCGGUUCUGGAGGGCGUUUCGCGGUGUGUGGAGGCGUUGGACGAGAUGGAGGGCGGCGACAACGCCAAGGCGCUGCUGUUCUUCCUGGGCCGCAAUCUGAGCGUGCUGGAGCGCGUGGUGGACCCGCGGUUCUGCGAGGAUUUGCUGGGAAUCGUGGGGGAGGCGAUCGCGAAGGCGAUGCGUUUGAGCGAAAGAGGCGUUGA